AUGGAUCAGAGUCCUGGGUUAGACCCUGAGCUUCCGCCAUUCAGCGCCCCGCGAGGCGCGCAAACCGAGGGACAAUGCUCCCCAGACUUGGGUACAGUUCGUAGUGGUUUGGAUGGACAUGGAGAUGGGAAUGGUGUGCCGAAUAUACUAUCCAGCCCAGCCUCCCAUGGGCGGUUAUCGUCAGACGGUGUGGGAAACAAGUUCUCGAGCGGAGGCGUCUUACGUGCUUUCAUAUCACCACCAUCACCAUCACCAUCAUCAUUAACCAUAAUCAUCUGCUCCACCAUGUCCGUUCUCCUUCGCCUCUCUCCAGAAGGGGUUUUCCCUUCGGCCGCCACCUACGGAGCACAGCGUCCAGAGUACAGAUCCCCAGAUUCUCGCCGAGCAGCUCCUGCAUGA